AUGAGUGGAGAUUAUGAUCAAAUAGUUCAUAUGCAUAGCCCUUAUUACUUACAUCCGAGUGAGAGUCCUGCCAUUGCUCUCGUCUCACCAGUGUUGGAUUCAUCAAACUACAACUCAUGGAGUAGAUCAAUGUUAACAGAUUUGAGUGCCAAGAAUAAACUCAAAUUCGUUGAUGGAACCCUCACCGAACCAUUGCGAACCAAUUCUCUCUACAUCGCUUGGCGAAGGUGCAAUAACAUGGUCGUUUCAUGGAUCGUGCAUUCUGUUUCAGUUUUAAUAAGGCAAAGUAUCUUAUGGAUGGACAAAGCUAUCGACAUAUGGAGAGAUUUGAAGUCACGAUAUUCGCAAGGAGAUUUACUACGCAUCUCAGAUUUACAGCAUCAAGCUUCUUCCAUCAAGCAAGGUGACAUUUCUGUAACCGAUUUCUUCACAAAGCUACGCAUAAUUUGGGAUGAACUUGAGAAUUUUAGACCAAAUCCGAUUUGUUCAUGCUCACCACAAUGUUCUUGUAAAGCUCUUUCUAGUGUUCUGGAACGGAAACAACAGGAUCAGAUCAGGCAGUUCUUACAUGGUCUUAAUGACCAAUAUAACCAAGUCAAAUCUCAUAUUCUGAUGAUGGACCCAUUACCACCGAUUUCGAAGGUCUUUUCCUAUAUUGUGCAACAGGAACGACAAUUUAUUAGAAAUGAUGGUAUUCUCAGUACACUGAAUCUUGAAUCGAAAGGAUUAAUCAAUGUUGUUAGUUCCAAUACAUCAUCCUGCAAAUUUUGUGGUAAAAUUGGUUAUACCGAAAGUGUUUGUUAUAGGAAGCAUGAAUUUGCCUCAAAUGGAGCUGGAAAUAAGGUAACAUCCAAUCGUGGCACAAAAUCUUGCACUCAUUGUGGCAAACUUGGACACACGAUUGAUGUGUGUUACAGAAAACAUGGUUUUCCUCCGGGUCACAAAUUUCAUAACCAGAAUACACAUGUGAACAGCUCAGUGACUGGUGAUGUACAUGUCACUUCUGAUCAACAAAAACAAGAAACUCAUGGUCUACGCUUCACAUCUCAACAAUAUCAAGCCUUGCUUGCCUUAAUACAACAGCCAAGCAAUGAUUCCUCUUCAUCUUCCACUCCUUGUGUCAAUCAAAUUGGUACUUUCUCUCCAUGUCCCACUAAUAAUUCUUCCACCGUAGGUAAUGUUCUCCCCUUUAUUUGCUCCUUAAAUUCAAUUCACAAUGCAUCAUGGUUUCUGGAUUCUGGCGCUACAGAUCAUCUAUCUUCUUCCUUAGCCUACUUCACUUCUUAUUCUUCCAUUAAACCUAUAGUUGUUCGUUUACCAAAUGGUCAAGAAGUUUUCGCCACACACUCGGGUCUUGACAUGAACACCAAGAUGAUGAUUGGUACAGUUGAUGUUGUUGCUGGCUUAUACAAAUUGGUUGUUUCACCACCAUCCUUAGACAACACCAUUUCUGCAAAUCAUACCUCUGUUUGUUCUACUGUUAUACAACCAUCUUGUAAUAAGUUGCCUAUUGACCUUUGA